CAGUGUUCAGACUGGUUAUUCAAGAAAAGCAAAAUGGCAGGCAUCGUGAAAUUUUGUAAGCCGUCUGCUAUUAGAAGUUUGUUGCAGUGUACUACAAAGAUUGGCUGUAGACAUGUUUGUAGUUCAGCUGAUUUACCAGAGACUCAUCAGUUAUUGAAAGAGACAUGUGCUGGUUUUGCUAAUAAUGAAUUGAUCCCUACAGCAGGUCAAAAUGAUAAAGACCACAGAUACCCCGUAGAACAUGUAAAGAAACUGGGUGAAUUGGGUUUAUUAUGUGUUGAUAUAGAAGAAAGUGAUGGAGGAACUGGACUGGAUUAUUUAGCUUAUUCUGUUGCUAUGGAAGAGAUCAGUAGAGGAUGUGCAUCACUCGGAUGUAUUAUGAGUGUAAAUAAUUCUCUGUAUCUAGGUCCAGUAAAAAAUUUUGCUACUCCAGCACAGAAAGAAAAAUUUUUAAAACCAUUUUUAAACGGUGACAGAGUCGGAUGUUUUGCUUUAAGUGAACCAGGAAAUGGUAGUGAUGCCGGAGCAGCGUCAACAACAGCGCAACUAGAUGGUGAUUCGUGGGUUUUAAAUGGAACAAAAUCAUGGAUUACAAAUGGUUAUGAAUCUGAAGCUACAGUAGUCUUCGCCACAACAGAUAAAAAUAUGAAACACAAGGGAAUCAGUGCCUUUCUGGUACCUAAACCAACUCCUGGUUUAACAUUAGGCAAGAAAGAAGAUAAGUUGGGUAUCCGAGCGACGUCCACAUGUAAUCUUAUAUUUGAUGAGUGUAGAAUACCAAAAGAAAAUUUACUCGGAGAACCUGGGUUCGGCUUUAAAAUAGCAAUGCAAACACUAGAUGCAGGAAGAAUAGGAAUAGCUAGUCAGGCUUUAGGUAUUGGUCAGGCUGCUAUUGAUUGCGCUAUAGAUUAUGCAACAAAAAGACAAGCGUUCGGUUCUCCUAUAUCAAAAAUGCAAGCCAUACAGAUGAAAUUAGCUGAUAUGGAGGUAAAACAAGAAUCUGCUCGAUUAUUAACUUAUAAAGCAGCUUUAUUAAAAGAUGCUGGUAGACCUUAUACCAAGGAAGCUGCCAUGGCCAAAUUAGCAGCAUCAGAGGCAGCUACAUAUAUAGCUCACCAGUGUAUUCAGAUAUUGGGUGGAAUGGGUUAUGUGACUGAUAUGCCUGCUGAAAGACAUUAUCGUGAUGCUAGAAUAACGGAAAUAUACGAGGGAACGAGUGAAAUUCAACGGCUCGUUAUAGCUGGUGCUUUAUUGAAAGAAUUUAAUAUGAAAAAUUAAACAACAGUCCAAUAUGUCUAUCUGUGUUGCUCAAAUGUCAAAUUAUCAUUUUAAAACAAUGUAGGAGUUUAUAUGGGCGUUAUAACUCGGACCAACAAAUAUAAAUGAUCAAAUGUUCAUUUUAAAACUCUCACGAAUAAAUACUAAUGUAAUUUAUUUUAAAUAAUAAUUUGAAAAUAUCUGUGAAUUUUCUGAAUGGCACAGAUCACAGAUAAUGUUUGAACAUAGAAUUCCAUAUUUAAAAAAAUAAUUGUUAGCAUUUAAAAAAGAAAUCAGUAGGAUUUGAAGUCUCAUCCUUUAUCCGCAAACUAAUUCGAUAUAAGAGUAGGACGUAGUGCCCUUGUUCGAGCAAAAUUUCUCUCAUAGCUCAAAACUCCAUUAAUUCGAGUUCCAUCGACAUGAAACUAUGCAUAAUUUCAUUUUUGUUUUCCUUAUAAAAGGUCAUCGAGAGAGCCGUCUUCACUCUCACCAACCAAUAUAAAUGUUAUUAUUAUAUUCAUGUUUAAGGAAUUCCAGAGUUAGUAUUUUAAGAAAGGAAGAACAGGUUAAUACGAUUUGGAUUUUUAUCAUUAAUCCGCAAACUUUAUACAUCUGGAGAGGCAUCUUCAUAUCGUCAAGUGUGACAACGGUUAUGGUUUUUGUUCCUACAUUUGUAUGUGACAAGUGAGGAUGGAUGGCUGUAUCAUAAGAUCUGACAUUGAGUCAACUGGGGUGGUUUCAAUUCCCCAGUUGUACAUGACAAGGAGCCGGGUCGCCUGUCCAACCUUGUGGGUUUUCUCUGGGCCCCCAGUUUCCUCCCACUGCUUAAUUAAGACCCCUACAAGAAUUAUUGAAAUAAAAUUGAACCAUAUGUUAGUCCUGAAAUGGCCUACUUUGUGUCGAGUGAACCGCACUACAUGGAUUUGAUGUGAUCCGCUCUCCUGUUCCUCCGACUAUGCAGAUUAUUAAAAAAAUUCAUACAUGACCCCUUCUUAAUGUAUUAAAUAAAAUUUCCAUCAUGUUAGCAGAUGAAUAUAUAAUACUGUAUUUAUUUUUCGAAUUAGGGUUGAGUGCCUGCGAAAAACUUACAAGGUUAGGCAGGCAAUCUGACUCCUUUUCUGUCUGAACACGAUUUGCAUAGGUAACAGGUCAUAAAGUCUACAGUAUGUUCGUUCGACCACUUGUAGACACCCCUCCACCCUCCGACACACUAACAACUUGCAUAGGUAACAGGUCAUAUGUUCUACAGCAUUCUCCGUGAACUACUUGUAGACACACCCCUCCCUCCCUGCAACACACAGAUGCUUGACUUAUGAAAGCUUAUCAACAGUCAUAUGAUCUACAGCAUUCACCAUGGACUACUUGUAGACACACCCCUCCCUCCCUCCGUCAGACACACACAGAUGCUUGACUUAUGAGAGGUUAUCAACUAAUAGAUGAUAUUAUGGGAAAUGAAUGAAAUAAUUUGAGUAAUUUACAUGUAUUCAGGGAUUAUAAUGUUUAUAGAAAUUGUAUAUAUAGAGUAUAUAUGAUAAUGUGUGAUUAAUUAAUAUAUAGAAAUGAAUAAAUGAUGUUGAUUUUCA